UCUAAAGCUUUCACGGCGAUCGCGGAAUUGUUUACGUUUGGUUUGAGUGAAAAGUUUUUCAACAGUAAUUCAGAAAUUGAGAUGAGGUUGCACCUGAUGGUCAUCCUUAUCCUCUGCAUCGAGCACGUGUCCAAGGCAGUCGCUCAGGGUAUGCCGAUCAGUCCGUGUCCCAAGAUAUUUCAAUACCGCUUCGAUGGAAGCGAAUGGUUUGGGUUGAUGGCCGUUCGCAGUCCCGAUGGCCACCAGCCGCUCCACAUCAAGGUUACUCUGUCGAUGCGGGGAAAGCCAACCACGGUAGGUAAAAACUAUCUGGGUGAAAUCGAGCUACUGACCCGCGGUAAGUUCACCCAGAGUGCUCCAGUUCUCUACAAGAUUCGAUUUCCCAAGCAUCACUUCCCACCCAAACUCCUGCUCAUGUCCGCCAACAAUCAUGUGAUCUGCUUUGGAUCCGGUGAGCACAGCAUCUUCAUGACCCAAAUCCAGUUGGAGCACAUCAGGAAAUUAUCUUUUAUUCCUGAUAAGAAGAGUUCCCUGCUACUGGAUACUGAGAAGACAGAAGAAAUGGACGAGAAGUCUCCAAGUUCGCAGCACAUCCAGUUCAAGAAAAAACCCUUUGCCCAGGUGCCCAAGGAGAAUUGUGGACGCAUCGAUAGGGAUCUUGAUUUUCGGUUAUCCCAAAGAAAGGAUUCUAUUUACAGCGAAAUCGAUGCAAAAAGCUCGGAUGCCAUCACAUCGCCAGUUUUUGUUGAUGACGAUGAAGAUGUUGAUGGCUUGGAGCAUUUCGUGGACGGAACGGAAACGGAAACAGAAGAUAAUGAUUCCCUAGAUGACACUAAGAGCUUGCCGUCGAUCACCAGGGGUUCCUGGCCUUGGUUGGCGGCCAUCUAUGUGAAUAAUUUGACCUCCUUGGAUUUUCAGUGCGGUGGAACGCUCGUCUCAGGACGUGUGGUAAUCAGUUCGGCGCACUGCUUCGAGUUGUUCAACAAGCGCUACACCUCCAACGAGGUGCUCGUUUUCCUGGGCAGGCACAAUCUGAAGAACUGGAAUGAGGAGGGCUCACUGGCGGCUCCUGUAGAUGGCAUUUACAUUCAUCCCGAUUUCAAUAGCCAGCUUAGCAGCUACGAUGCGGAUAUUGCCGUGAUCAUGCUGAAGGACGAAGUUCGGUUUAACACAUUCAUUCGGCCCGCUUGCCUUUGGUCGGGUUCCAGCAAGGCAGAGUACAUUGUGGGCGAGCAGGGCAUCGUCAUUGGCUGGAGCUUUGAUAGAUCAAAUGGGACGCAUGAUCAUAAGUUGUCAUCGGUGGCUCCAGUCAAGAAACCCACCGACACCAGUGCCCCAAAGGUAGUUAAAGCCCCAGUUGUCAGUAAUGCUGAGUGCUUCGGAGCGAAUGCCCACUUUCGCAGUCUCUCCUCCAACCGAACUUUUUGCGCUGGCAUCCAGGCGGAGGAGAGAGAUUCGCACCAUAGAAGUGCCAGCUUUUACACCGGAAUUUCGGGAGCUGGCCUGUUUAUCAUGCGAAACAAUCGCUGGAUGCUGCGUGGCACUGUGUCUGCUGCCCUGCCUGCCGUUGAGUCACAAGAUUCAGGAUCAAGCCAUAAGCUUUGCUGUAAGAAUCAGUACAUCAUAUAUGCUGACGUAGCCAAGUUUCUCGAUUGGAUCACGGCCUUCAUAAUUUAAAUCACAUCCGAAAUGUGUAUGGUAAUAACAUUUCUAAAUAAGCGCUGUGAUAGCCCAAUGGGCAUUCCAAGUUCUCGGGGUUUUAAGUCGAUUUCGGUUUUUUUUUAUAGUUUCAUCAAUGCAAAUUAUGAUACCGGCAAUUGAAUUACAUUUUUAAUUAAGACAUUAAGGCAACGCAUAUAAUAAAUUAAAGAAAAGUUUACACUUUUCAAGAGAAAUCAACAGAAUAUAUCAACC